CUUACUUUUCUCUAUAUUAUAAAAGCCUUUGGUCAGAAACAGAGAUAGAUUAAUUUUUGUACAGUAUUUCAUAACGUGAGCCGUUGUGGACAAGGCCACUUCAUCAGACAUUAUGAUGGAUUGCUUUUUAUAACACCCAUCUGACCAAUUAUGGCUGGACAAUUCAAAGAAAAUAACAAAAAUAAAUGUGAUAUGAUCAAGGGCAUAAAUUAGCAAAUUAAACUGAAUAAUAAACAUUUUGAACUGGUCCAUCAACCGAGGCCACACAUUUUUUGGGGGGGAAGUGGCUUCAAUUACGAGCCAAAACGUAACUUUAAAGGGGGUUAGGUUAAAUAUAUCACAUGUAGGAUUUCCUAGUGAAAUAGGGGACCAGGUCUUUGAUCUUUCAGAUGCAGAAAUAGGCUUGUUGGCUUGUUUUAGACCAUUUCUAUGUUGUUUCUGAUUUUCAUGGGGCUGCAGAGCUGUCUCCCUCAAAACAACAAGGUGGUCUGUAUAGGAGAAGGUGACCCCCACACACACACAUCUUGUUUUCAUCUGUGUCGGCCACCCCAGACUUUACCUUCCGAGGGACAGAGACAAACUGGAGGCAUUCAGUCUGGCUUGGUAUCCGAUUGGGACCCUGGCACUGACCCCCACCCCGGUUUUGUUUGUUUUCCUCAGGAUGGACCAGCGUUUCACCUGAAAAGGACUGGCUUUGCGGGCCUUGCUCCCCUGCUAAGAUGUUCCUCGUGAACCCCUCUCCUUUGGUGGCCCUUCCGAGGAAAUGGGAGCCCUUCCCCCAUUCUAGAAGCUGCCGGUACCCCAUUUGCUUCUCCGAGUCCGAAGAUGACCUUGCCAGAACGAGCGUCAGCGCCAAGGUUCAGAUGAUCAUAAACAACCUGCAAAGCGAAGAGGCAUCCCGGAGCAGCAGCAACCAUGCCUACGGGCGCCUUCUGCAGAAAAAAACCAAGGGAGGAAAAGGCAGAGGCCCCAAACCCAGAGGUGGCGUCAAAACAUUGCAAGGGCGCCUUAAAUACACCCGGCAGAACUGCCCGGCUGACUCCGAUGGCAUGGAAGUGGAGGAAAACUCGGAAUAUGCGCCCCUCUCGUUGAUCUCCGACAGUGACGAUUCUGUGGACAGAGACAUAGAGGAAGCCAUUCAAGAGUACCUGAAAAGCAAGGGCCAGAGUGUGCCGCCGCUGGGAAGCCACGCCAAGAGAGAAGUAGGAGAGAAGCAGGCCCAGCAGCGACACCCGCCACAUGACCCUGUCUGUAGUGUGUUUCGUGCAACUGUUGAGACAGCCGGGAUCCUGCAGCAGCAGCAGGCUUCUGAGCACUCCGAAGACGAUGGCACCAAAUGGGCUCCCUCUCCUUCCAGUGUGAGCAGCGACGAUUCUUUUGAGCAAAGCAUAAAAGCCGAGAUCGAGCAAUUCUUAAGUGAGAAGAAGCAGCAAGGAAGGAGGAGGGAUGUAACCGCGGGGAAUAAGCGAUUUGAUCGAAAAGAGACCCAAGGAAAGCCAACAGUCAGGCGUCAGAAGGGGAAGACUCGCGGGGGCAGCCAAAGUUCUCUGAGGGGAGGGCGGAAAUUACUCUGUGCAGAGCAGCACCCUGAACCACAAGGCACCAGGGUUUCUAAAUGUUUGAAGUCAAAAUCCAGCGACGAGCUUGCAGACUUCAAAACGAGAAGCCGGGCACGCUUCAAAACAUCCUUGGCUGGCCGUUCCCUGGAACAAAGCGAAGUAGGUGAGAAAAGGCAAACGCCUUGGAAAGCCAGAGGCAGACAAAGGCUUGAAAGCAAAAAUCCGUCUGAUUCGAGCAGCGACGAUGGCAUCGAAGAAGCUAUUCAGCUGUACCAGCUUGAGAAAGUCCGGAAAGCAGCAGUCGCCCAAAGAGAAUGCCUCUCUUUUCAGAACGGAGAGUACCAGCCGAGUUUGGUAGAAGACAGAACUGCGAGCCUGGCCGUCCCUUCGGUGAAAAGUGCCUUGCCAGAAAUCCGGAGGAAAACUCUACGCAGAAAGAGGAGGCCGGUCCUUUCGAAGCCGGCAGAGCUAAACAGGAGGACCCUGAUUUGUCACGAGCUGCAGAAAGGCACAAGCUGUACCCCUCCAGAAAAUAACCGGGACAAACGUGCAGUCUUGCUCCACACCUAUUGUCGAGCAGACACUGCCGCGGAGUUGAUGUGCGCAGAAGCUAUCCUGGACAUUUCAAAAACCAUCCUGCCUCCCCCUGCGAGAAGUGAGAGCAGAUCCUUUGCAACAGAACCGGUCUUCUGUCCCCAGAACGGGCCAGCCACUCUGCCGGAGAGUGACAGCAAUGCUGUGGACAGUGAUGAUAGCAUUGAACAAGAGAUACAAGCCUUUUUGGCUGUCAAAGCACAGACGGAGCGCUUGGUAGCAAAAUCCAAGGAGGCCUCGCACUCUGGCCAUAGCCCUCCGUCCUCGAGUCAACCUGACAAACAGGCCCGAAGCGCCAAGCGUCCGUGGCCCAAACCGAUGAAACUGUCCCCGAGUGGGAAAAGGAGGUGUAAAGAAGACAGCAAAAUGUCCGUGCCCCGCCCAGCCGGACCGUGGAUACAGCCAGAAACAGAUGGUGGCUCUAUGGAUGAUAUCAAUUCAAAAUACUCUGCGGCUGAGCAAGGGAAGGAAGGUGACGCCGCAGGAGUGGCUCCGCGCCAAGAAGACGCGCUAGUCCCUAUCAGUCCUAGAGAUGCUGCAAAUCCUUUCUCUUGGGGGCUGUUUAGUUCUAGAAACCUUGUGAAAAAGACAACACCCAACCCACUGAAAUACAGGGCAGGUGACAAGAGCAGCUCCUUGGACAGUGACGAGGAUCUGGAUAGCGCUAUCAAAGACCUCCUGCGGUCUAAGAGGAAGCAGAAGAAAAAAGCCAAAGACCCAAGAACUCAGUGUAAGAAAAAAGUCAGGUUUGGUGGUACGGAAACGAUGCACGUUCUUGAGGAGAAAGAAAAAGCCUGCAGACCCAAAACCCCACCCUUGCUAAAAAGCUGCCUUGUAGGUUGUAGAAGAGAGAUGAACGAGGAAGAUGCAGAGGAAACGCCUGAGAGCACUGCCGAGGGGAAAUUAAAAGACGCAAAAACCGUACACGUUGCAUAUUAUGGGUUUAAAGAAGAGGACGACCAGAUGAAACCAUUUUCUGGGCCAGACACCAAGGAUUUCUCCAAAUAUCCUCAAAGCCCAUGGACGGCUGGAUCUUUGACCGAUGACAGCAGCUCCGUCGACAGUGAUGACAGCAUUGAGCAAGAAAUUCAGAGGUUUUUGGCCGAAAAGGCUAAAGACUCCACUUGUUCCAUGGAGACACCUGGGCCCAAUGCAGUUGCUGAGACCUUAGAAACCGAUAAACCCCAGAACUCUCUACCUAAAGCUAAGUGCCAGGGCAGUUCCCUGUCAAAACAGAGGAGAAAAGUGAACAAGAGGUGUCAGCCCUUUAUUGGGUUAAGAGGCUCCCAAAGAUCUGGGAAGAAAACUGGGGGAAGCGCUUCCCUUGAUGGUGCACAAACAGUAACAUACGCGGGAGAUACAUGGAGCCAUGCGACGGUCACAUUGGAGGCACGCCAAGGACUCGGUCUAGCACAAGAUGUGGGCUCACCUCUACAAAGGACUGUGGUAGAGGGCAAGGUUAUCUGCGGCGGCAAACCUGGUCAGAGAGAUCUACCUCCAAAGGAGAAAGCCGCGGGUCCUACACUGCAAAGUUGUUUUAAGUCCCUGUGUCCUUUAAAAAGAAAGCCCACCAUGUGUGAGUUCAAAAUCUCCAGCAAGUUCAUCGCAGGCCUUAGAAGCACUCGGUCUAAGAAGAAAGCUAUGCUGUGGGGAAAAAGGCAGAGCACAGACUCUGCAUUGCUCAAGAGACAAAGCGGUGUGGCCGCCUCGGAUCGGUGCAGAGAGAGUUAUGAAAAGGCCGUGAAGAGAGGGACCCGAUCUUCCGGGAGCGAGGCAGGCGCAGAAGAAGCAGGAUUCUCUCCGAGGUGUGGUGCAGAAGGGUCGCACACCUCUGUAUCAGAAAGGAAUGUUAAAAUGCAGGUCACCGCUUUAUGCAACGAAAUGGUGGAUCUAGCCAAACUUUGGCCUUUGGGGGUCGAAGGGCCUUGCAGCUGGGGGAAUGCCAGCCACGGCUCUCCGUCAGAAGAGCCUCCGGCUGAUGUAGGAAGGGUCAGCAUCAGUACAGGACUAUCUCCGGUUGAAAUCCCCAGCAAGGAAGAGACAGGGAGAGUCCAGGAGCCCCUCACAAGUGGGAGGGAAGGGAAGGUCCCCAACUGCAUUUGUGACUCAUCGCCAAGAGAGAAAUCAGGGCUCGACCAAGGCAGGGCAGCCGAAGAACCAACCCUUAAAGCUUUAGAAGGAGGCUCUGCAGAAUUUACAGACAGGGUGGUGGAGGAGUACGCACGCUGUUUAGUGAAAAGCAAAGCUUCCAAUUUGUCUUUUCCACAUGGAGAUUAAUAUCUGUGCCACGAGUAAAGCCGCCCAUCCUGUCGGGGUCUCCAAAGCACCCGAAGCAGAAAGAGAACUGGGGAGAAUCCUGAUCGGUUCCUGGAUCCACCCGCACGCCGAUGACGAAAAAUGUGUCUCCUGUUACCUGUUUAUGGGAAGGGUGUGGGAGGUGCCUCUUCCAGCAUGGCGUUUUGAAAUUACUUGAAAACUGCUGUAGGGAAAUCUUUUUGAACCAACGUACGGGAGCAUGCCUGACGUGUCUCCCUCAGUGCACCAUGGAGAUAACUGGGGUCUCUUAUCCUUUAAAAUUAAACGACGACACACUUAAGAGUAGAAAACACAAAUAGUGCCUCCCAGCAGCGUCAGUCAUAGGUGAAAGAAAUCUUGCACAACAGGUGGAGCUGACUUAAUUGGGCCAAUUGCUGUUGGAUGUGCCACAGAAUUGAAGCUAAUAUCAGAUAUAUCCCCCUUUCUCUGAUUUCUGGCUUCUUCCUCUCCUGUAUUUAUGGAAUAGUAAGGUCUCCUCAUUCACCUCAAUCCAGAGAGCUCCAUGCACAUAAUCUACCAUAGGACCCCCGUAUCUGCGGGGUAUGGGCUCCAAGCCCCACUGCCGCAAAUGCUGAAAAACGCAUCCAUAACAUGGUCUCUGGCUCCCUUCACCAGUUCUGAUCGUUUUAGAAACAAAUAUUUCUAGGAUUGUUCUUUUAAUAUUUUUAAUAUUUCCAGAUCCUUACUAAGUGAAUCCGCGGAUACUGAUCCCGCGGUUACAGGAGUCCUGCUGUAGUACUGCCAUAGUCAGGAACAGGAUGCCAUGGGGAGUGUGGGCCAUCCAUCUUUUUCCAGGAGAGGUUAGGCUGAUGUCAUUUCCUGCUGCUUGGCUCAAAGGCCCCGUGUGAAUUCAGAAAAGCAGUUCCCUGUUCAGAACUGGGAGCCCGCCUUGUGCAUUUCAAGUGGCAUUAUAUGUUGUUUUAUUUUUAAUGCUACAUUUCCAAGGUUAAAAUGUUCUUCUAGAUAUCUUACUAGUCUGUCCUCAGUGUGAAUUCUGCUGGACAUCUGUUGAAUCAACCUGAAUGUUUAAAAAGAGGGGGUUCCCUCUUGGGAGGUUGGGGGAGGGUGGGCGUGGAAACCCCCCCCUUUGCGUUAAUUCAUUUUUUUGUUCAGUCGCAGUCAUCUGUAGCUUGUGAGUUCAAUGCUGUCUGACUGAAGAAGCACUUUUUAAAUUAAGAAAAUCUUUUUUGUAUAUAAGAAACGAUGUACAUUCAUACAUUUAUAAGAUUUAAUAAACUGGGUUCGGUUCAUGAACCAUGAAAUCGA